AUGACAGCCCACCAGAAGGCAUCUGGCGGUUGUUUUCGUACAAAUUACACGGUCGUCAGACUUCCUGUCCACCUGGAGGGUCGUCAGAACGUGUACUUUGCGCCGGGCCAAGCAGAAGAACGGCUACAGAACCAAGCUGUGCGUAGUACGAAACUCACGCAGUUCUUCGCGCUCAACACAACAGACGUGAAUGCUCGACAAUACUUGUACCAAGAAAUACCGACGCAUUACACCUGGCAGAUGCCACGUAAUCAAGAAAACGUACUCGUAAGAAAUGUCACCCAAUUGUUGCCGCGGCGGAUUCGGAUGGCAAACGUUACGUUGGCUCGGAUGUACAUAGUAAACCCACUGGACCGGGACCGUUUCCACCUGAGAUUGCUACUUCUGAACCGAAGAGGCCCGAAGUCCUUUCAAGACAUAAGGACGGUGGACGGGGUCGUUCACGAAACAUUCACGGCGGCUGCCGUUGCACUCGGAUUAUUGGAAGACGACCGAGCGUGGCGGGAUUGCUUGACGGAAUCGGCGACGUUGGACACACCGCGGCAGCUGCGGUAUCUGUUCGUCACUAUACUGGUGUUCUGCGAGCCCUCAAACCCGCUGGCGUUGUACGAGGCGAACGGAGCAAACAUGAUGGAGGACUUCAACCGCCGUCUCCAAGACGUCGACCGCGCGAGGGCCGCGUGUCUGGCGGCCAUCGAGGAUCUACUUCGUGUACACCGGAAAUCGCUGGGCGACUACGGUCUGCCCCUCGCCGACCCCCGUCUACUGGAACCACUGCAGGACGACGCGCUGUUCCGGGCAAUAGACGCAGCGGCACGGUGGGCCCCACAAGUAGACGCCUUGAACGCCGAACAGCGAACGGUGUACGACCGCGUGAUGGCGGCCGUCGACGACCAACGCGAGGUGGCGAAAACUUUCUUCGUCGACGGACCCGGGGGGUACCGGAAAAACGACGCUCGGGAGGUGUUGUGCGUAGCGUUCACCGGUAUCGCCGCGUCGCUCAUGGACGGCGGCAUGACCGUACACUCGACGUUCGGACUGCCUUUCGGCACGCUGACCGAAGACUCGACGUCCAGCGUCACCAUGCAGUCCGAGCGAGCGCAGAAGAUACGCAACGCGGCGCUCAUCGUCUGGGACGAAGCCCUAAUGUCGCCGGGACUGCAACUGACGGUGGUGGACCGCCUGCUCAGGGACGUCAUGGCAUCGGAAUUACCGUUCGGCGGUAAAACCAUGCUGUUCGCCGGCGACUUCAGGCAGAUAUUGCCCGUGGUCCGGAGAGGGACGAGAGCCGAGAUCGUCAUGUCGUCGAUCAAGGAAAACGGUCUUUGGCGCGUCAUGGAGCGCUUCAAUCUGGUCCAGAACAUGCGCGCGGACCACGACGCGGACUUUGCGACUAGGUUGCUUGAGCUUGGCAACGGCCGACUGCCCGCGGUCGACGGCGUUCCGAACACCGUGCAAAUCCCGCGGCAAAUGGUAUGCGACGUUGAUGAUUUGAUCGAUUUCGUGUACCCGCAGCAAAUGUCGUUGGCCAACGUCGACGAAUUCGCUCGGAGAAUCGUUGUGUGUCCCACCAACGAAGACUGUAGAGGUGUCAACAGGGACGUGCUGGAGCGCGUCGACGGUGCUCAGAUGAGCUACACCGCCGUCGACACCAUGAUGGCGGACGAUCCCGACGAAGUGGCCAAUUUUCCCACGGAGUUCCUCAACAGCUUGGAACCGGACGGCCUGCCGCCGUACCGGCUGACGUUGAAGGUGGGGUGCAUCGUGAUGUUGCUCAGAAAUCUCGAUCCGAGGAGACGACUGUGCAACGGUACAAUGACUGUGCAAACGGAUAUAAUUUAUUUUACCACUGGAUCAAUUGCUAUGAAAAACAUCCCAUGCAAUAUCUACCGAAUGUCAUUAACUUCACUGACAUCCUUACAACCAUUAUAA